AUGGAUCGGCUUAUAAAGCUCAGAGAAUUCUUAGAAAGUGAUUAUGAUUGGAGUGAAAUUCAGGAAGAGGAUAGAGAAAAUGGGAUUAUCAAAGGGAAAAUUGAAAAUAAAGAAGUUUUGUGCUCUUUUCUUGACCCAAAUGCCAGUGUAUCCGCUGAUAUAAAAGUGGAUUAUGUUGCAAUUCCUUAUGAGCAGAGUUUUAUUUUGUACAAACUAGAAAAAUGGCCGCUUUAA